AUGGCAUUGCAGGCAUCUUUUAUCAAGAGUCGUUCUGAGGCCAUUUUGGCGCCGGCUCGAAUUGCCUGCUCCGGGGUUGCUCAGGUAUAUGUGGUGAUCAGUGAUCUCAGUGCUGAACAGCGACACGCUGGCAUUCAUUUCAUCGACAACAACAUUAUCAAUUUCGCCGAAAUUCCCCAUGGAAAUAAGAGUCCGGACCCGGGACAGUAUGCUGCGUUUGAGGAUCUGGACUCUGCAUUUAAAGAUGCCAUAGUUGAGUCUUUUUACAGAAACUAG